AUGGAAGCCCGUCCGCCCAUUAGUAUAGACGAAAUUGAUGAUAAAGAAUACCGAAACAUUAAAAAAGACCGAGAAGAAACCCCCGCUCCUAAACAAAACAUUUACUCAAAAAUUCUUUCCGUUGAUGUUGGAAGUAGAUUUUCCUCUGUCCUACCAGAAAACUGUGUAGUUUGUGAACUUUAUGAACCUAUUAAAAUUGAUGAACAACGCAAAGUUAAAUAUAUUUGUUUUCCCAAGGACCGUAAAGAUGAAUUAGACGAUGAUUUUACUUUCCAAGAUAUCGGUCAAUUGACUACUCUUCCGCAGGAGUUAGAAUUUACUUUAUCAGAGAACGUUUCAGAUGAUAAUUUUAUUGCUUCCGAUAGAUACUUAACCGUAAAAAUUGAAGACCUAAAGAUUCCGGAUUUACCAACUAUUUCUCGACUUCACUUGUUUGUCAAAAGAGACAAGGCCAAAGUAUCCGAUCUGAAAGAAGGAGAUAAAAUUAAAAUUAGCGGUAUUAAAUGGAAUAAACCAGGAAGCGAGGGAUUAGACUCCAAAGUUAAAUUUGAUUUUGAUGGCAACACUAACACUUAUUCUAUUCUCAAUAUUAACCAAUUUUAUGAUAAUUUAGAGCAAGGAUUAUCAACUUCUCUCAUCAAAAAAAUUGAAAAGAGACUAGCCACUAUCUCUAAAAUCCCUGCUGAUGAAACGGAUGAGGCGGCAAGAGAUUUUUUCGCCGAGGUUGCUAAAAUAUUAAUUGAUGAAACUUACAACUUAAAAUAUGAUGAUAAAGGUGAUGAAAAAGAAGGCUAUGAUGAAAAUAUUUUAAAAGAAAAAGUUGCUAAUUUAAGAAAAUACAUUGAAACUUACCGUGAAGAAAGUGAAAUAGAGGUUUACAAAGACAGAGAGGACCAACUUCGUAAAUUAGGAGUAGAAGUUAACAAACCGAUUAUUACUAACAUUCUCCAAGAAAUAGACGAAUUCAUUAACAUUAGCAAACAACAAUUACGAGAUAAAUUAAGUGAAAUUGCUACAAAUCACGAAUUUAAUGUUGAUGAUAUUUUAAAAAAUUUUAACAUAAAUGAAGGAAUUAAAAUUGAUGGGGUAAAACAUGGGAAAGAUGACGCGGCUAAUAGAAUUUUAAAUCAAAAACAUUUCAAAGACUUUUUUGGAGGAGAAAAUAAAUUUACUGCUUAUAAAUCAACGGGCAAUG